AGAGACCGACAUGAAUUGAAGACCGACGGGUGUUAAUAUAUCUGAUCAUUGACGCAUAGUGUUACCUAUUUGUUGUUUUAAUCAGUUUCUUCUCAAUUGCGAUGCUUUCCUCAUACGGAGCGGUCUGAUACGGAGAGAUAGAAGAGAGAGAGAGACGCCACCGACUUCGUCUGAGUUUUGCAAAGCGAGGAUGCAGGAACAAACUAAUGAGGCUAAUUUAGGUUCUAUGAUUGCAGGUAGGAGUAACAACAGAAUAGAUUUGAGCUCAAUGAAGAGGAGGCAUCAACAAAAGGAAGUUGUUCUAAGAUUAGAUAUUGAAAAUCCAGUUGCUCUUUCAAACUCGAGUUCGUGUAGCAUUAGAGUUGAAGAACAAUCCGAUAUUGCACCUGGGUUUUCUUCUACGCAAGCAUUGCUAGAGAAUUACUCGAAUUUUAAGCGUAGUAGUGCUCCUUCUAGGUUCAUGUUCUACGAGAAGGGGCGUUGGGUCGAUUUCUGCCCAGAGGUAUUUGAGAUUCUGAGAUUGGGCUUCUUGGAAGGCAGGCCAAUGGUCGAGGUGGAAAUCAAGGGCGGUCGGUUCCUCUUCGAUUUCCUAAGGAUGGCGCAGCUGAAUUUGAUAACCGGUAAUCAACGGUCUAUAGCUUGGAUUGAUGCUAAUGGGAGAUGUUUCUUCCCCAAAUUAUCUGUGGACGAAGAAAUUGACACUAUGGCUCCCGUGGCCACGUCCCCGAAGAUUGGUAAGAGGAAGAGACAUCAAUUGGAAUUGGUUUCAGCCGACCAAGUGUCCGAUGAAAAUUCCUCAUCAGAUCAACUCGAUACAGCGAAAAGAUGCCGUGUUCGUUCUAGUUUUCCUCCUAUCUUGGAACGAACGAAAUGGCCUAACGUAAAGCGCCUGGAUGAUGGAGACGAGAAUUACUCUUUGAUCAAUAAGGUUUUCCUCUCUGGGUUGAAGAAAAUCGAUCCAGAUGCCACCAUUACUGCUAUCUAUCGCUGUUUGCACAUGGGUCCGUCGGGAGGUGCUCGUUUGGAAGUGUUUCGCAAGCAGAUGGAGAUGACAAAGGUCGCUCGAGGUACAUCCAACGUUAGGCUUGCAUGGCAUGGAACAUCAGCUAAAGGCGUGGCAGGAAUCGUAGCGCAUGGUUUUGGGCUACCAAACAAGCUGUGUGGUUUUGGCUCUUAUGGGGUCGGCAUCUAUCUUUCUCCCCCGUAUUCACCCCAAACAAGUGCUUUGGUAUCGGAGGCGGAUAAUGAUGGAGAAAGGCACGUUGUAUUGUGUCGGGUUAUACUGGGAAAUGUCGAAAAGAUUGAGGCAGGAUCAAGACAAUUCCAUCCAUCAAGUGAAGAAUUUGACACUGGCGUAGAUGAUCUCAGGAACCCUAAAUGGUAUAUAGUAUGGAGUACCCACAUGAAUAGAUACAUUCUCCCUGAGUGUAUUGUGAGCUAUAAAUCCUCUCAUCGUCCAGAAGGUCCAGAAGGAUUAUUCAGAGGGUCAUCAGUAUUACGAAGGAUACCUGCUUCAAGUAUGUCGUUUACGAGGUUAUUUUCUGAGAUGAAGAGCUCCCUUUCCACCAUAACAAUUAAAGAAUUGGAGGAUUUAUACAAUUUGUACAAGGUUGGAAAGGUGGCCAAAGAUGUGUUCAUAAAACAAUUAAGGUUGCACGUUGGGGAUGAGAUAUUGCUUUCUGCUGUUCAAAAAGUUCAAGACAGCACCUAGUAAGAAUUCAUAUAUGCUGUAUUGGUUGGUUCACUGUCAGUUUCUUUCUUUUCUUUUUUCAUAAGCAAGGUUCUGUGCCAAUUGGCACAAUAUGAGAAAUUCAUUCUUGUAAAGUAAUUGCAUACAAGUGCCAGGGGAGUGAACAAAGAGAGCAAUUGUUACUGUAUCGGAAACCAAAAUAUCGAAUAUUUACUUUCUCUCGUCAAUGGCGAAACUGAAUUGUCUGUUAA